CAAACCAUAGAGUUAAGAAAGGAAGCGUUACAGUACGGGUACGCUACGGAAAGUUCGUUGGGCUAAACUAUUGGCGCUCGCUCUUUUCCAGGUGCUGAGCUGGGGACAGGGAGUGAUGCCUCGCUAUGCCCAGAUGGUAAUGGGGCCUGCUGGGAGUGGGAAGCUCUGCAGUUUUGAUUCCAGAGCACUUACUGCUCCACUAUGGUCCAGCACUGUGAAGCACUCAAUCGCUCAGUCCAAGUGGUGAAUCUUGAUCCUGCUGCAGAACACUUUGACUACGAUGUAAUGGCAGAUAUCCGGGAAUUAAUUGAAGUUGAUGACGUUAUGGAAGAUGACUCCCUAAGGUUUGGCCCCAAUGGCGGCUUAGUCUUUUGCAUGGAAUACUUUGCAAGAAAUUUUGACUGGCUAGAAGAAUGUCUUGGCCAUGUGGAAGACGAUUAUAUACUUUUUGAUUGCCCAGGUCAGAUUGAACUCUACACCCACCUGCCAGUGAUGAAACAGUUUGUUGAGAAGCUGCAGCAAUGGGAAUUUCGCGUCUGUGGUGUUUUUCUGGUUGAUUCUCAGUUUAUGGUGGAAUCCUUUAAGUUUAUUUCCGGAGCCAUGGCAGCCCUCAGUGCAAUGAUAUCCUUGGAGAUUCCCCAAGUCAAUGUGAUGACAAAGAUGGACUUGCUGAGCAAGAAAGCUAAAGCAGAAAUUGAAAAGUACCUGGACCCCGACAUGUAUUCUUCAUUGGAAGAUUCUACUGAUUUGGUCAAAAGCAAACGUUUUAAGAAAUUGACUCAAGCUAUCUGUGGGUUGAUUGAUGACUACAGCAUGGUUCGGUUCUUGCCGUUGGAUCGCUCUGAUGAAGAAAGUGUUAAUAUUGUGCUGCAGCACAUAGACUUUGCCAUUCAAUAUGGGGAGGAUCUGGAGUUCAAAGAGCCAAAGGAAACUGAGGAAAAUAAACCACCUGCUUUUGAUGAAUACUUCCAAGAUCAAGUGGAUGAAUGAAGGCUUCCAGGUUGAUUUUGUAAAAAGAAGGGGGAAAAGACUCUUCAGAUUUGCCGCACGUUGUAUUUUGAAAUACACAAACUGCUCCAUGUGUCUUUGGUGUCAGUUGAAGGAGGGGCAUUCCCCCCCCCCGGUGAAGAGUUCAAUGUGUAUAUAUUUGUAUAAUGCCACAUCGCACAGUUGUAUUAUUUGAAGACAUUACCCUAGCAAAAAAAAAAGGGGCAUUGUGAGAAAUAAAUUAUUGACUGAUUUCUAA